AAGUCGCGCAGUAGAGCCAAAUUUGAAGGGAGCUGAGGCCGGGAAACUGGAUCGGUCGCGGUUUCCUUGGCUACCUGGGCCCCCGGAGUCCAGUGAUCAUGCCUAUCCGUGCGAUAUGCACCAUCUGCUCCGACUUCUUCGACCACUCGCGCGACGUGGCCGCCAUCCACUGCGGCCACACCUUCCACCUGCAGUGCCUAAUCCAGUGGUUCGAUACAGCACCAAGUCGGACCUGCCCACAGUGCCGAGUCCAGGUUGGCAGAAAAACCAUUAUCAACAAGCUCUUCUUUGACCUUGCCCAGGAGGAGGAGGGUGUCUUAGAUGCAGAAUUCUUGAAGAAUGAACUGGAUAAUGUCAGAGCCCAACUUUCCCAGAAAGAGAGGGAGAAACGGGACAGCCAGGCCAUCAUCGACACUCUGCGGGACACGCUGGAAGAGCGCAACGCCACUGUGGAAUCUCUGCGGAAGGCCCUGGAAGAGGCUGAAAUGCUGUGUUCCACCCUCAAGAAGCAGAUGAAAUUCUUGGAGCAGCAGCAGAAUGAGACCAAACAAGCACGGGAGGAAGCCCGCCGACUCAGGAACAAGAUGCAGACCAUGGAGCGGAUUGAGCUCCUACUCAAGAGCCAGCGGCCCGAGGUGGAGGAGAUGAUCCGAGACAUGGGUGUGGGCCAGUCAGCUGUGGAGCAGCUGGCUGUGUACUGCGUGUCCCUCAAGAAAGAGUAUGAGAAUCUAAAAGAGGCACGGAAGGCCUCAGGGGAGAUAGCUGACAAGCUGAAGAAGGACUUGUUUUCUUCCCGGAGCAAGUUGCAGGCAGUCUACUCUGAACUGGACCAGGCCAAGUUGGAGCUGCGGUCGGCCCAGAAGGAUUUACAGAGUGCUGAUAAGGAAAUCGCGAGCCUGAAAAAAAAGCUAGCAAUGCUGCAGGAAACCCUGAACCUGCCACCAGUGGACAGUGAGACCGUGAACCGUCUGGUUUUUGAGAGCCCCGCCCCUCUAGAGAUGCUGAGCCUGAAGCUUCGCCGGCCAGCCUUCAGUGAUGACAUCGACCUCAAUGCCACCUUCGAUGUGGACACCCCCCCAGCCCGGCCCUCAGGUAUUCAGCAUGGCCAUGCCAAGAAGCUCUGCCCAGAGAAGGCACACCCUCCCAUGCAGAAUGUUCCCAAGAAGAUGUCCGAAGGCUCCAAGCAGGAAUCCCAGCUCUCUCUGGGAGGCCAGCGCUGUGUGGGAGAACCAGAUGAGGAGCUGGCUGGUGCCUUCCCUGUCUUCAUCCGGAAUGCUGUCCUGGGCCAGAAACAACCCAAGAGAGCCAGGGCAGAGCCCUGUCGCAGCACAGAUGCGGUAAGGACCGGCUUCGAUGGUCUUGGAGGCCGGACGAAAUUCAUCCAGCCUACUGACACAACUGUGAUCCGCCCACUGCCUGUGAAGCCCAAGCCCAAGACUAAGCAGAAAGUGGGGGCCAGGAAAGUGCUCCCUCCCUCCCAGGCCAAGCUGGACACCUUCCUGUGGUAGUGAGAACAGUGACUCUGAUCACUGGCCAGAAAAAUGCCUCCAACUUGCAGGCUGAGGACUGGCUGAGCAGGAGGCUGGGGGACAUGGCUCCUCCUCCAGCAGCAGCCUCAAGGGCAAUGGGAGACAAGAAGAUGGGGCUGAGGGUGAGGCCCAGAGGAUGUGCUUUUCAGUGUGCACCCUGCCCCACGCCCACCAUACUGGGCCUAGCUGUGGGAGCUGUGACCAGCUCACCGUUCCCGACAGCAGGGCUUGUUCCUGGCUGUGGGCUCCCAUUUAUAGCCAUGACCAGAUGUUGGGCUGCUUCCGAUCCUCCAGACUAGGGUCUUUUGUUGACUGUAUGGACCAAAGUGUGUGAGGCCUCACAGGCAGCUUCUGGCAUCCUGCUAGGCAUGGCCUGGGCAAG